UGACGCCACUUAGCGCGACGCUGCAAUUUUCUAACACCACACCCGUCUUCCGCUUUGUAACGCGCAGCUAGCACCUGCACAAGUGAGAGCUAAAGACAGGAGCCAGUAGACGUUUUUUACCUUAUUCUGGAGGCGUUGUCGAUGUCGUUUUUUAACAUGUUUAAGUGUAUCUUCCGAAUAUCUUGCGUCGCGAAGCAUGACCAAAUGCUUAAGUUGCGAUCCUUCUCACCGCCUACGAGAGAUCCCCAAUUAUCAAAUGUGGGCAGAAACGGAGCGCACCGGCAAUAGGCGAGAGUGCGCAAAUAUUCUGGCCGAUUUGCAUGCUGCAAUCGUCAGGACUCAGUGCGUUUCGGCUGGUGAUAAUUGCGAGGAGCAUUACUUCCAAAAUGCCUGUGAAUUAGCACUGGCAAGAUAGACGCAUCAAUAUUUUUGCUGAUCACCCUAAGCCUAACAUCAGACCUGAGGGCAGCAAGAGUGGAAUGGCAGGCAAGAAAGUUAAUUCUCAACUGCCGUGCACGCUACGAAGGUGACACGUGGUCCUCGUGAUAGGAGUAAACCUAAGAAAGCCCACAAACAUAAAAUGAACGGAUUGUGUGAUUUGCAUAGAAGAGUGUUAACUGUUGAUAUGGCGAACUGAGAAGUCACGCACGUUACGCUUUACUAAUGGGGGUGGGUUUUCUGUGUCGAAACAUAUCGAUAGCCCGUGGACGGUGUUCAGCUCUGAGCAAUGUGUAGCUUACUUUCAAAGGCCCAAAAGGAAAAAUAGCUGCCUCCUUUAAGUGGUCUAUGCAAGAAGCAAUGUCUUGGGGUGCGUGUCCUACGUGUUUUUGUACGCUUAUUAGCGAUAUUCGUAACAAGAGAGUGGCUCUUGUUUGACGCGAAGUACUUGAACGUUUCGAACAUAUCAGCUUGCAUUGUCGUUACGAAACCACGAAAAAACAUAUGCUUGCAGUUUGUAGGGAAGUGAGAAGGGUCAUUUUUGUUGUUAUUUGUGAAUAUUCCACGAACCUAACAGCAGCCAAUUGUAGUUGUUUGAAGAAAGAGAUUUUAACCAAACCCGUUACUAGCAUACUGUUCCCCAUCCAGAACACCUCCCUCCCUCCCGCCGAGAGUAUUGACUGUUCCCCACUUCAAAGCGCGGAAUGUUUGUAGCAGGGUCUCUUACAUUACACACUGAAAUGUUUACUGUUCACAAAAGGUGUAAAUGGCGGUUGUUAACUCUGUGCCAUCUACCGGCUCGUGUGUCAUUGCAGCACAUGAUAUUCGACACCUCUGACGUUGAUCUGGCUACUCUUGACACUAUAGUCAUCCUGAGAACGCUUGAAGUUUGUUGGACAGGAGGUUUAUCUAGCUUCCUAUCUUACCUAGAGGCAGUCUAGCACAUUCACGUUAUGGAGCAAGCCACUAUCGCACUAUGUAGACAACAUGCAGCGAGGAUCCACUCUAAGCCAUAUUUCGAGAAUGCAACCCUCUUGGCAUUUUGGGCCAGUGCAGCUUGAACGUUUUCUGAUCUUUGCUGAUGACAAUGUUCCCCACCUGCCUAGGAGUUCCUUUAACGCAUUUUCUGUUUUAGGCUUUGCAGACCAACCAUUUUUAAUGCAGUUGUUGACAGAACCAUGUAAAAGGCAUAGUGGAGCUGAAGUUCUGCAAGAAAUUUUAGAUUGUUAUACUUAUAUAAUGCGAAGAACUUUAACGUUACAGAACAUUCCAGGCAGGAAACAAGCGCUCUCAAUUUUAACACAUUUGGCCUGAGACUAAAUGUAUACUCAGCAUGAAUUCGUAAUACGUGUAUUAAACGUGUACAUCACCGUCAAAUAAAUUGUUGCCGUACUAUGAAUGUGGAAAAGAACGUGUUUAUCCCCAACUUCCGCUAGAAGAGGCAAGGGCAAAAGUUCCCUCGGCAGAAAAAGAAGCGCGCGGCAACCUCAGAAUUUUCGUAUACUUAGAUGGAGUGGAAUGCGCAUAAUAAAGGCGACUUUUUAAACUCCCAAUAACAGCUCGCACUUCGCGUUCUGCUAACUACUUAGCAGUUUGGGCCCCGCGUAUCCUCGACUAGCUCACCGCUGGCGCUUUAGGAAUCACUUGUGUGCUGAUAAGUGCGCUCAGUUCUGCGCGCUUUAGAAACAGCGCCAAACGCGGUGCACGUAGAACAGGAGACGUCAGAUGAAAAACAAAAGUUCCGACCGAAAAUUGAAUAUUCUCACGCCAACUAUUUUACCACACUAAUUGAAUGAAGCCAUGUGAGACAAGUAAAUGAAGCGUCGCAUCUUAAAAUUUUAAGGGCGCUUGUACUGGAGCAUCUCCCAUGCUCAAGUCAGCCACCUUCUAUCACAGUGGAACAGAGUGCGCUAUUAUCGUGAUUUUUCAGAAGAAUUCUGUAGGAAUUACAUGACUAAAGCAGCAGGCCACCGAAGAAAAUAGUGAAACAGCCGUUGGGAAAUGAACUCCUAGAGAAGACAAAUACUCUCCGAGUUCAGUCCAUCUGUGAAAGAAAGCACUCCAGAUUUUAGCCUCGAAGAAAAAUACAGAGUAUAGCGGCACCACUGCAGUGCUGCUGACUGAAGCAAUAGAAGCAAGCAAAUAGAGUCAUUUGCGGGCGCUUGUCUGAAUAACGACAUCGCAUCCAUCCUUCCCACCACAACGAAGGGUUUCCUUUCUCGACAAUGGCUGACGCCCUCCCCGCCGAAUUUUGAAGAAGAAACGUCUGACUUGCAACCGAUAAGGGCGGAUGCUGACAGGGAGGAUUGAACGAAGAAUAAGCAGACAAAACGACACAAUCUCUCUCCAGCUGAAAGCCAAGAGAACUAGGGGAACACAUUCCGCUCAUUGAUUCUCUUCCUGCCUCAACUUUUUUUUUUCGCAUAUAGAACGCCCGCAGAGGGAACGAACAGAAGGAAGUAAGGUAACAUACUGGAAUCAAAAGAAGGGCCGCUGCUGCGACAACAUCUGAACAGCCUUAAAGUGCUGUUUCUUAGUUCGCUGUUUCCUUUUCUCGAGUUCCAUGCGCAAAAAAAGGAAGGAAAAGAAAAGGUAAUAAUAUAGACGAGCAAAGCAGAGGAAUCUUCACAGCCGCGUUCUUACUGCGGGGCACACUUGAAGAUCCAAGCAAACGUUCACAUAGACGCCCACUCAAUUGCAAAGGAAGCACCGCAAGUUGGGUGCGGUUUCCUUCAAGCGUGGCCCAUAGAUGGGGCGCCGAGAACCUUGCCAAUCUCAAGUUUUGAACUCUUAGCUUUAUAUUCCAAGACACUUUCUUUUUUCAGGAUUCUAUAACAGUUCGCUGUUGAACAUUUUCUUUUCUGGAAUUUCCAAGUUCUAACUGCGGACUCUUCCACUUCUAUUUAACUUUCUACACUUCUUCAAAAGAAACGUAUAUAGCGCCGGGGAUCGUACAUUUCUCAGACGACCACGCUGCCAGCAAAACAUAGAGUGGGCUAUUUCUCUUUUUUUACGCACUGCUUUUCCGGCUUUCGUGGUGCAGCGUAUUAUUUUACGUUUUCUUUUUCUUCAUUCUUAUUUUUUCCUGAAAAGUUGAGCUGUGGAGACCCUGCUGACCACAUUUUCUUUUUCAGCCACUGUGUGCUUUCUCUUCGUUCAGUGGUACUUAACAUAUCGUACAAGAGGUCUGCCAUCAGUUCUAUUUAUUAGGCUUUUAUGUGUCUUCAGAAGCUGUCCGCGAGAAAAAAAAUUUUGAAUUGGUAGUUCUGGAUUUUAUUCAUCUCCAGAUCUAUUCUUUUUUUUUUUUUGUACUUCAAAAGGCGAUGAAUUUCUCCAAGCGUGACAGCCUAAGUUUCUUUGUGCGGGCCUACAGGGCUUCCUGGAGAGCGCUCAUCUUUAUACAAGCUCGAACACAUGCUUUUCUGCCACAGCGAAGAUAAUUAGGACUAACGCGAUCGUUUUCUUUUUGAAUGAAGGCUGAGCAAGAAGGAAGAAUUAAAAAAAAAAUCAUGCUUAAAGCUGGUUUUUGUGAAAGUCAGUAGUACAGCAGAGAGAGGAUAGAAAAUAUAUAAGAUGAAUUAUACACUUUGAAAAAGAACUCGUCUUCGCCCUUCCAGUCGGACUGGCGAAAAGUAUAUACAAUUAGAAAAAAAAGGAAGGACCUCUUCUGAGCGCCAUUUUCCGACGGCAGACUUAAUCUGGAAGGCGCAGACAUGCGGUUGAGUGCACGCAAAGCGCAUUAUCCUUCUUUUGCUGAACUAACGAGGAGUUUAGGACUGACCGACAUGUUUAUUUCUCCUCGAGAACUCAAACUCUGUACUCCGCGCAGCGCGCUAAAUGGCAUCUUUUUCUGAGGCCAGGAGGUUAUCUCGAGCGUAUAGCACGACUUGGAAAGCGAAUACAGCAAACACAGUAUUUCCGUUUUCCUCCUAGAAUCAAAUGUCGAAAUUCCAACUAUAUAGACCUGCUCUAUGCCAUAAGGCCCGAUGUAUUCCAUUAAAAAUGAGGAACGCGAGAGCACGGUGGGAGCUUGGCGACGACUUCAAAUCGACAAGCUACAUCCCUAAGAAGCGGAGCGGCUCUACGGAUCCCCAAGGAAACUGCCCGAUCUACUGGUGAGGGAACAAAAAGGAACACCUGAAAGGACCGAAUCUGGGUCCAAUCACCAUGGCUGUGUUAAGCCAGUACAGAGCUGAGCCGAGCCGAGCCAAGCCAAGCCGGAGGCCCCCCACCACCCAUCGAGGUGGAUCGAAGUCCACCGAACCCGGAAUGCUUCCGCGAGCAGCCAACGCAGCCCGCUCUUCCUCCUCCCUCUCGCGAAGCUUUUUCAUCCCACCGCCUGUGAGUCACGCUUCCCCACAGGGCACGCCGUUGAUUGUGAGGGGGCUCCGCCAAAACAAGCCUACAGACGGGAGCGGCAGCAGCAGCAUCAGUCUUGAAGGCGUCGUUCCCGCGAAAAGUAGGGAAGAGAAGGAAGCCGGGAAGGAAAGGAGGAAGUAGACGCAUCCUCCGCUCCCGCUUCACAGCAUCGCGCGCGUCCUCGCUGGAUGGUUUCGCGGGGUUGUGCUGCUCGCGUGUCGACGACGCCACAGCCGCGGUUGUGUAUGUCAUGGGUGUGGUGGUGUUUGAACCCGCGCGGCCGGUGACAAGACGAUCGGUAGUGCUGGUGAGCACCGUGCUGCUUCUCGCUGGUGGCCUGGGUGACAUCUGCCAUGCUUUGGAGGCUCCCGAAAUGCACAAGAUGUACGUGGACUCCAACCUGAAGCUUGGUGACGGUGUGGACCUAAUGUGCUCUCUCAAAAGAGGUUCGGCACCGGUACACUUUGCCUGGUACCACAACGGCCGUGAAAUACGCGCCGAGGACAAACUCGGGGACGUGGUCAGCCUCCAGGGGAAAUCCAUUCUCGUGGUGCGCGAAAUCUCACGGGAUCACAUCGGCAACUACACCUGCUCCGUGCGCAACCCGGCCGGGUCUGACAGCUACACUGUCAAGCUCUACGUGGAUGUGAAGCCCAUUUGGACCAAAGAGCCAGAAGAUGCGUCGGCUUCAACUGGCUCUAAUAUCGUCAUUCACUGCAAUGCCUUCGGUUAUCCUGUUCCAAGAAUCGAGUGGAGCAAGGAGAGAGAGGACAGAGACUUCGAGCUUGUUCGCAUGGGCGACAGAUUCAACAUGGCUCCAAACGGGAGUCUGCAGAUCCGUUCGGUGAAAGCUGAAGAUGGCGGCCACUACAGGUGUGAUGUCAGCAACGGGCUCGGGAACGGAAUUUCCAAAAUCAUUAGGGUCGCCAUUAGCACGCCUCCGAGAAUUUUGGAACGGGUAGAGGAGACAACUGUUCGAAGGAGCCACAGUGUUCGGUUGAAAUGCGAAGCAACUGGUGACCGUCCACUGGCAGUCCACUGGUUCAAGGACCAGAGGCCAUACCAGGCGACGCUGCGGGAAGGGUUCGACAUAAUUGAGCGAAGCCUCCCAGGUGGCGUAAUUUCUGAGCUCUUAAUUCAGAACAGUUCGACAUCCGACACGGGUGCUUACGUCUGCAGGGUUUCCAACAAGUUCGGCAACGUGACUUCUCUCACGAAGCUCUACGUGCUAGAGCCACCAUCGCCUCCUGUUAGCAUCAAAAUCUCGGACAUCAGAAGCCGCACUGUCCGACUGACAUGGCAAGCGCCCUACUCGGAGGUCUCCACGUUUCACGUACGCUUCUGGAAAGAGAAUUCCCAAAGCAGGAAGCUGACGCUGAUCACGGUGUCGGGAUCGGAGACCUCCGUCUACCUCAGCGACCUCCUUCCCGGCACGUCCUACGGUGGCUACCUGCUGUCGGAAAACAGGGUCGGAAUGAGUGCGCCGUCUACGUCGCUUCAUUUUACCACGAGUGAAGAAGCUCCCACAGCACCUCCCUUGGAUAUCCGGGUCGUCGGAUUAGGAAGCACGCACGUCAAAAUUGAGUGGAAGGCACCGCCAAAAGAGCACCAGAAUGGCAAGAUACAGGGUUACCACGUCGGACAUCGCGCCUACGACUCCCCGAUGCUGCCAUACACGUACCAGACCGUGACGGGCGUUGACGCGACCCAAGCUGCCCUGCGUGCAUUGCGACCGAACACCCGCUACGCCGCAGUCGUGCAGACCUUCAACUCGGCCGGACCAAGCCCGUCAUCUCAUCAGCUGGACUUCACCACGCUCGAGGAAGACCUCCCAGUGGCACCUGUCUUCAGCGUCAGCAGUGUCACAUGCUGUUCUGCAACAUUUACCAUAAAGGAGAGGAAACGAAGGAGCUUAACACAGUACGUGCUGGACUAUCGGGAACGGGGCGGCUACUGGCGCUCCGUCUACUUUCCGUCGCAUACGCACACGCUCUCGCUGGACAGCCUGAGCAGAACGACGCCGUACGAGGUGGUCCUGUCGGCAUACAACAUGUACGGCCGCGGCGAUCCAUCAGAUCCGGUGCUUUUCGAGACCACUGGAGAGCAGCCCUUGCCGCAGAGGACGGAUGAAGGCACCAGAUACCUUCUGAACGCUCGAAUCAUUGGCCCUGUGAUCGCAUCCCUCUUAAUAAUCUUCACCUCAAUAGCUGUGGCUUGGAUCUUCUACAAGAAAAUCACGUCCCCAGAAAAAGAGCACCCAAUCAUCUACCACAGUGCGACUCUUCCCAAGCACAUGUGGCCGGAUCAGGAGUACGCGACCAUCGCCAGGACCACCAUUCGAAGGAGGGUGGAAGAGGCCUACGACGUCCCUUGGGACAUGGAGGAUGUCGUCGAAUGCCCCCCUAAGGUUGUGGAGGACUGCUAUACGCUGCUCAAGAAGAAAGUGCCAGGCGAGCUGCAAAGAGUUCCUGCGGGCCAUUUCCUGCUCGAUGGUCCGUCCUGUUCUAUGCCAGACGACCCGCCCGUUGAAGAACCAGAAAAAUGAACUUGCCUCUUUUCGUAAUUUUGUGCUUGCCUAUACCAUCGCGAACAAAUCACCCUCAUUUGAUUUUGUACGGAUCACUCUUUUUAACAUAGAUGCGGUAUCAGUCACAUCUGGCUGAAGUAUUGCCUGAUAAAAACUACGUAAGUGAAGGAUUAGUGACAGAGAAUUAUCAAUGAUAAUUAACUACGGAUAUUGUGAAGCAUGGACAGCGCCUCGUGAUGCAUUAUCUAGUUUUUGUGAUAGCAGGAGUGAACUUAACGUUAGCUUUUGGAUGCAUGAUUGGAAUGAAUUCUAGUUUGAAGACCUUCCGCGUAGGUUCAGCGUUAUGGUGGCGCUUGAGUUUUGCGGUAGUGUUCUCCUUUUAACAAUCAAAAGCAGGAUGUCUAGCAAGCAAGAAAUGUAGCUAUCUAAAUAAGGUAAGAAAGCAGAACACGCUUACCACUCAAAAGAGCGAUACCAUUACCUAAAUAUGGCGAUUACGGUUUUGAAGUACAAGUUAAUACGUCAUAUGUGUUCGCAACACUUUGGUGUCCAAAAUAACCACGAAACUUGGUUCUGAUUAUAAUUUUGAUAGAAUUGCUUAUGCGGUAGACACGGUGAGCACAGUUUACUGCGACAAGCAGUAGCAUCUUAAGUGGCCGGCAAGGCAGUAGUGCUAAUGCUUAAAGUUAUAAUGAGCUGUUAAAUCGUGUGCUACGGCAGCGACUCUAAACCAUGCUUGUCAGGGUAUAAAACACGGUGAACGGAACAGGGCAGAUUCCGUUCAGUGACCUCUGCUAUUAGUGCUGACGUCAUUAAGCGUUCAAUUACAGGACUCGUUACUACUCAUUCAAACAGGGUUACGAAAUUCAAAUAGUGCACACCACUCGGUACGCACUUGUACGAUCGAAAAUCCCUGUUCCAGACAGAUGUGACUGGGCUUGCAAACAUCCAUCGCGUUUUACUAUGAGCGAAGGCUGGGGACGUGCAAGGAAUACCUUUGAACGCUGCCGUGUAGUCAGUGUUCUCGGGAAUGUAGUGUUCGUCAAUGUCUGGCAAAACACUUUGAUAUUUGAGAAGCGUAUGUAUAUUGUAGUGUUUGGUGGAGUGCUCCAGUCCUUGAAGAUUCCUUCAAACUCGGUGCUUUUAGCGCUUAGACAAAAAAUUUGCGAUGGAGCGCAGCCGACGUAUGACGUUUGUCUGGUGCAUUAAUUUGGAGAACAACAUGAAGGUCGUGCUUCAUUGUUGUGUGGCUCUUUUUUUCUGUGGCUUUCUUGCUUCCUGAACACGCCCGUCCCUUUUUAUGUCCCUUAUGAAACUGAAUUUGACUUUUUUGCGCCGGUAAAAAACACAGGUCAAUGCGAGUCACCUGCAUUCCAGUUAAUAAAAUGCAAAACUUCUGCGCACCAUUUAAGGACACUGAGAGCACAAUUACAAUUUGCGCAAUCUGAGGUGAGACGCUUAUGCAACUAAACCUUUGCCUAACACGAAAGAUGCAAAAAUAUUCAGGGCUUCCGCAGAAUAAAUGUUACAGUCUCAUCUUUCAGGCUGCUAUAUAAGAACGGACACGAAUUUUUUCGCAGCUUUGCAUGAACCACCGGACUUUGUAACGCUUUUUUUAGAACGUAGAGUUAGCCUUUUAUACGAUGCGCAAACUGAUCACACAUUGAACUUAUCUUUAGGCACUGAACUAGAUAGUUUCUACAGUGACCUCCCUACUUCAAUAAUGUUUUGCAAACAUAUGAAAAGAAGAAGGUUCCUUGCAGCUUUUGCGAAUGUUUCACUUCCUUGCAUUUGUAACACACAUUUUAACAUACUCACACGUGUAUUUUUUCAGCCUAAAAUAAAGGCAAUGAUCUAAACUUUGUUGACCAUCUGCAGCAAACAAAGACAGCCCAAAGCCUCUUAAAACGCCGUUUUUUCAAUACUAUGAGCUGAAACUGUUAUGAGGGCGUACGCGCGUUCUGAAACAAGUUUCAUAUUUAUCUUAAUUAAUUUUCUGGCUGUGCUGUAAGGAUUUGACAUAUAGAGGCGGUUUAAUCGCAGAUAAAUCGCUUAGCUUAACUAGGGCACCAAUGCUCUGGCUCAAGAAAAGUUACCUCGGACGCUUAAUUGUUGGCGUUUCUGCGUGCUGUAAAUGAGUUAUAUAAAGCUAUUCGAGCACAAAAAAAUUACAGAGCCUUAUAUAAAACUUCAGCUAGUCGCAGAAUGUUAUUGCCCAGUAGUCAAGCAGGAACUAUGCUGUGCGCAUAAUAAAUCGUCAUCACGCAUUCGUAAAAUGACGCUGCGGUUAUUACAUCUGGAGCUUAUUGAAGUCAUGAGUCGUAUACAUCAUAAAGCAUCGGUCAAUGUGCAACCCUAGAUCACUAAAGAACGCAGGGUCGGGCGAAUAAUGUGGUGAAAGUACUUAGCGAGUGUCGCGUUACAACGAUUUUCUUUCGUCCGUUUCAUGUUUGUCAUAUAACUACGCUCGGCAAUACAAGAGAAGGCAUAUUAAUUGAUGCCGCUCUUUUGUUUCCAUUACUCCUCUAAAAUACUCCUUUUUGCACAUUAAUACUUUUCAGUGACCACGCGUAGACAAUUUCGAAGCGGCAAACAGCGUAUUUUUUGGUGCCUUAAACACUUACUUAAGCAAAUUGUGAUUGAUUUAGUUUAGAAUUAAGCUUGUCGAAUGGCAAAUGGUCUGCCUUGUGAAAGCUUAUGAAUACUAUCCGUGCAUGCGAUAAGCUGUAAACCAAUUUUACAGGAUUCAUUAAAGUAGUUAGACGCAAGAACGAUCGUCAUUAGGGCUACAUGAGAGGCUCCAAUUUGUUUAAGUUCAAUAAAAAAUUUAGCAUACAUUUGUGCACACAUAUAAAGAGUAUGUACAUGUAUGAACAUUGCAAACACAAGUCUGUUUCGUUCAGCUUUUUAUUCGAUGCUCUUCGACACAAGCUCUGCAAACCCUCAGAAAUAUAUGUUGAUUCUGCGCAAUUCGAGCAAAGUAGUGACUUGAGUGCAACGUCACUUCAAAGACCCAUUUCCUGUGAUAUUCCGCACUACAUUUUGAAACAUUGUGUACAAUUGCGAAUUGAGACAUCAUUACUAGCGCCAAAAAGGCACCGGGCGACAGCCAGAACCCACAGGAGAGAACGCUAGCUAACUGAAUCCCAACAGUAUGUACAAUUGUCGCUACACAUCGAGAAAGCGAAUAAGCAUUGAAUUUUAUCUUGACGGUAUCACAGAUACUUACAAUAACCACUGCAGGGUGUCUACCAAUUUGACAUUGCCAAAUUCUCUGAGUUUUCCAGGUUUUCCCUGAGUGCCUUUGCAAAAUUCGCUAAGUGACACAGAACUUCGUUUUAUGUCAAGACGGGCUGACGCCAUGUCGCCCGUUGCUGUCACUCUCUCGUAAGCAUGUUAAAGAGGAAGAAUAAGCUUUAUUUGUACGAAAGAGCAGACGGUGGAGUCGUCCGAGAAAGGAUAAUAAGGAUUAAUGUUUAUUUUAUUAAAAAAGAAAACAGCAGGAAGGGGUUAGUAAAAUGCACUGCGAAUAAAAUAUCUUCGAAAAAAAAAAUGAUAAGCCCCAUUACAAAUAGAGUCGAACAUUUUCAAAUACGAAUAAACAGAGUGCAUACAGACGCAAAUAUUUUCGAAUAUCAGCUAUUGCAAUGAACUGAUAGUGAGCUCAUUGGUAUGAGGCCCGAACUUUGUCACAAGUGAGAGUCUUUUUCAGCAGUUGUAAAGUCAACCUCAACUCUCCUGACAUGCUCUCAGCCCACGCACAAUGCCUCAGUGUUGCGUUUCACUGCUUGAAAAAGUUUAUUUUGGUUUGGAUGAGGGACACCUGCAUCUCGGCGUUAGUGAACACUUUGAAGGAGCUCGAGCUCAAAAAACAAAGAAGUGACGGCACACUUCCUUUCCCGUUCAUUCUUCAAUGCGUCGGUCCUUCCUGUUCUCGUCUUCCUUCCGCCACACGUUCGCCCUACGGGCCAUUUGGAACAUCCUCUUGGUCAGUUGUAGAGUCAACGUCCGAUUUUUCGGACUCCCUAGGGGCCACGAAAACGCCCGAAAAAUCGGGCAGCCCGAAAAAAUGAAUGCAUGUCUUUUACUGCCCUGAAGGGCUCAAAUCGCCCCGGCCACGCCUGAAAAAGCUGUGAAGGGCUGCCAGUACACUUAUUAGGCAUAUCGGUACUCGUACUGUGACAGGAUACGGCGGGUGCACGCGUGUAUAAUAAGGAAUACAUACCGCGUCUAGUGACAAUUGCCCCUUCACACUCUUAGUAUGCUUCAGCGCAAUACUUUGCGUAUGCUUCAUUGCGUAACAUUGCUAUAUUGAGGCGCAGCUGACUUUCAGAAACCGGCCUUAUGCAUUGCGUCGUAUAUUCCGAGCUUCGAAGUCAAUCGCGAAGAUUACAAAGGCGGAGUCCGUGCCAUUGCCGGCAGCGGCGAAUUCUUUCACAGAAAAAAACACGGCACCGAACGACAAGCUUAAUAGCAAACAUCGAAGCCGCUAGGCCUAGCGUUGCUGCGGUAGUGGCUACAGCUACCAGCGGAUAUGCAUGCGAGAGCGCAGGUUCGAGGCGGCGAGAUAAUCAAAAUGGCGUAAGUGGUGGCUUUGAUUAAUUCCGUUUCGUACCUAAGGUCAUGGCAAAAAGUCCGGAAAAUCGGAGGGCGAAGGGCUCAUGCGUCCGAAAUUGCAGGCUUUGCUAUACAUUGACUCUAUGGGGUACGUGGUGGUGCCGCGAAGCCGCCCGAAUUAUCCGGCAUCUCCCAAAAAUCAGGCGUCCGGAAAAUCGGUUGUUGACUGUACACUGGCAACUCCUCCAGCUGAUGACACGGCGACAAAGACGAUUCAUUACGGUCCUUCUCUGUUACUCGAAGCCAGCAUUAGCGCGACUUACGUUCUCUUUCAAAAAAAUUACAGCUAAUUUUCCCUGAUAGAAGAACAAAUUCUCUGAGUUUUCCCUCAGUAUUUCCAGGCUAUUCAAGAUCCCUGAGAAUUCCCGGUUUUCCCGAUUGGUAGAUACCCUGCAUUGAACUUUUAUGUGAAGCGAGACUCAUUGGACUUUUGAAGAUGUGAAAUAAUGAAAUAUUUGUGAAAUAACGUGCUGCAUUUAUGUGUGUCUGCAUGUCAAUAAAGAAGGGUAUGGUGCCGAA